CCUCCCCGCCCCGCCCCGCCCCGCCCCGCCCCCGGCUCGGCGCCCGCCUCCCGCCUCCCCUCGGCUUCCGAGGCGCCCGGCUCUCCCGGCGGGGCGGCGGAGGGGGCGGGCUGGCCGGCGCACGGUGAUGUGGCGGGACUCUUUGUGCACUGCGGCAGGAUACGCGCUUGGGCGUCGGAACGCGGCUGCGCUCAGCUCUCUCCUCUCGGAAGCUGCAGCCAUGAUGGAAGUUUGAGAGUUGAGCCGCUGUGAGGCCAGGCCCGGCGCAGGCGAGGGAGAUGAGAGACGGCGGCGGCCGCGGCCCAGAGCCCCUCUCAGCGCCUGUGAGCAGCCGCGGGGGCAGCGCCCUCGGGGAGCCGGCCGGGCGGCGGCGGCGGCAGCGGCGGCGGGCCUCGCCUCCUCGUCGUCUGUUCUAACCGGGCAGCUUCUGAGCAGCUUCGGAGAGAGACGGUGGAAGCCGUGGGCUCGAGCGGGAGCCGGCGCAGGCUCGGCGGCUGCACCUCCCGCUCCUGGAGCGGGGGGGAGAAGCGGCGGCGGCGGCGGCGGCCGCGGCUCCCGGGAGGGGGUCGGAGUCGCCUGUCACCAUUGCCAGGGCUGGGAACGCCGGAGAGUUGCUCUCUCCCCUUCUCCUGCCUCCAACACGGCGGCGGCGGCGGCGGCACGUCCAGGGACCCGGGCCGGUGUUAAGCCUCCCGUCCGCCGCCGCCGCACCCCCCCUGGCCCGGGCUCCGGAGGCCGUCGGAGGAGGCAGCCGCUGCGAGGAUUAUCCGUCUUCUCCCCAUUCCGCUGCCUCGGCUGCCAGGCCUCUGGCUGCUGAGGAGAAGCAGGCCCAGUCGCUGCAACCAUCCAGCAGCCGCCGCAGCAGCCAUUACCCGGCUGCGGUCCAGGGCCAAGCGGCAGCAGAGCGAGGGGCAUCAGCGACCGCCAAGUCCAGAGCCAUUUCCAUCCUGCAGAAGAAGCCUCGCCACCAGCAGCUUCUGCCAUCUCUCUCCUCCUUUUUCUUCAGCCACAGGCUCCCAGACAUGACAGCCAUCAUCAAAGAGAUCGUUAGCAGAAACAAAAGGAGAUAUCAAGAGGAUGGAUUCGACUUAGACUUGACCUAUAUUUAUCCAAAUAUUAUUGCUAUGGGAUUUCCUGCAGAAAGACUUGAAGGUGUAUACAGGAACAAUAUUGAUGAUGUAGUAAGGUUUUUGGAUUCAAAGCAUAAAAACCAUUACAAGAUAUACAAUCUAUGUGCUGAGAGACAUUAUGACACCGCCAAAUUUAACUGCAGAGUUGCACAGUAUCCUUUUGAAGACCAUAACCCACCACAGCUAGAGCUUAUCAAACCCUUCUGUGAAGAUCUUGACCAAUGGCUAAGUGAAGAUGACAAUCAUGUUGCAGCAAUUCACUGUAAAGCUGGAAAGGGACGGACUGGUGUAAUGAUUUGUGCAUAUUUAUUGCAUCGGGGCAAAUUUUUAAAGGCACAAGAGGCCCUAGAUUUUUAUGGGGAAGUAAGGACCAGAGACAAAAAGGGAGUAACUAUUCCCAGUCAGAGGCGCUAUGUAUAUUAUUAUAGCUACCUGUUAAAGAAUCACCUGGAUUACAGACCAGUGGCAUUGUUGUUUCACAAGAUGAUGUUUGAAACUAUUCCAAUGUUCAGUGGCGGAACUUGCAAUCCUCAGUUUGUGGUCUGCCAGCUAAAGGUGAAGAUAUAUUCCUCCAAUUCAGGACCCACGCGGCGGGAGGACAAGUUCAUGUACUUUGAGUUCCCUCAGCCAUUGCCUGUGUGUGGUGACAUCAAAGUAGAGUUCUUCCACAAACAGAACAAGAUGCUCAAAAAGGACAAAAUGUUUCACUUUUGGGUAAAUACGUUCUUCAUACCAGGACCAGAGGAAACCUCAGAAAAAGUGGAAAAUGGAAGUCUUUGUGAUCAGGAAAUCGAUAGCAUUUGCAGUAUAGAGCGUGCAGAUAAUGACAAGGAGUAUCUUGUACUCACCCUAACAAAAAACGAUCUUGACAAAGCAAACAAAGACAAAGCCAACCGAUACUUUUCUCCAAAUUUUAAGGUGAAACUAUACUUUACAAAAACAGUAGAGGAGCCAUCAAAUCCAGAGGCUAGCAGUUCAACUUCUGUGACUCCAGAUGUUAGUGACAAUGAACCUGAUCAUUAUAGAUAUUCUGACACCACUGACUCUGACCCAGAGAAUGAACCUUUUGAUGAAGAUCAGCAUUCACAAAUUACAAAAGUCUGAUUUUUUUUUUUCUUAUCAAGAGGGAUAAAAUACCAUGAAAAAAAAAAAAACUUGAAUAAACUGAAAUGGACCUUUUUUUUUUUUUUUUUUUUUUAAAUGGCAAUAGGACAUUGUGUCAGAUUGCAGUUAUAGGAACAAUUCUCUUCUCCUGACCAAUCUUGUUCUACCCUAUACAUCCACAGGGUUUUGACACUUGUUGUCCAGUUAAAAAAGGUUGUGUAGCUGUGUCAUGUAUAUACCUUUUUGUGUCGAAAGGACAUUUAAAAUUCAAUUAGGAUAAAUAAAAGAUGGCACUUUCCCAUUUUAUUCCAGUUUUAUAAAAAGUGGAGACAGGCUGAUGUGUAUACGUAGGAGUUUUUCCUUUAUUUUCUGUCACCAGAUGACGUGGCUGAAGAGCUCUGAUUCCUGGGUUCACGUCCUACCCCUUUGCACUUGUGGCAACAGAUAAGUUUGCAGUUGGCUAAGAGACGUUUCUGCAGGGUUUUGUUACAUUCUAAUGCAUGCACUUGGGUUGGGAAUGGAGGGAAUGCUCAGAAAGGAAUGUUUCUAGCUGGGCUCUGGACCAUAUACCAUCUCCAGCUCCUUAGAUGCACCUUUCUUUAGCAUGCUCCACUUACUACUCUGGACAUCCGAGAGAUUGGCUGCUGUCCUGCUGUUUGUUUGUGCGUUUUAAAGAGCAUAUUGGUGCUAGACAAGGCAGCUAGAGUGAGUACAUUUGUAUUGGGGUACAGGAAUGAACCGUCUACAGCAUUGUAAGAAUCCACAAAGAAAGGGAUAUAAAAAAGUGGUCCUAGUUAAGAGACACAGCAACAAUGACUUAACCAUACAAAUGUGGAGGCUUUCAACAAAGGAUGGGCUGGAAACAGAAAAUUUGACAAUGAUUUAUUCAGUAUGCUUUCUCAGUUGUAAUGACUGCUCCAUCUCCUAUGUAAUCAAGGCCAGUGCUAAGAGUCAGAUGCUAUUAGUCCCUACAUCAGUCAACACCUUACAUUUAUUUUUAUUAAUUUUCAAUCAUAUAACUACUGUGGAUGCUUCAUGUGCUGGCUGCCAGUUUGUUUUUCUCCUUAAAUAUUUUGUAAUUCUUCACAGGAAAUUUCAACUUGAGAUUCAACAGUAAGCAGGUUUUUUUUUUUCCCUAGAGAUUGAUGAUACGCGUCCUCAGUCCAGUGGCUGUCAGACGUCCCGCCCCUUUGACCUUACACAUUCUAUUACAAUGAGUUUUGCAGUUUUGCACAUUUUUUUAAAUGUCAUUAACUGUUAGGGAAUUUUACUUGAAUACUGAAUACAUAUAAUGUGUAUAUUAAAAAAGUUGUUGUUUGUGUUAAAAAAGAAAUUAGAGUUGCAGUAAAUUUACAGCACUGCACGAAUAAUAAGGCAUUUAAGUUUUUCAGUAGAAAUUGUCCUACAGAUGCUUUAUUGACUUGCUAUUGGAAGAAUAGAUCUUCUUAAACGUGCAGUGUUGAGUCACUUCGUUAUAGUGGUAGAGUUGGGAUUAGGGCUUCAAUUUCACUUCUUAAAUAUCAUUAUAUGUUUGAUAUGCCCAGACUGCAUACAAUUUAAAGCAAGAGUACAACUACUAUUGUAAUGGUAAUGUGAAGAUACUAUUAAAAAGGAUCUCCUCCCAACCCCUCGGGAAUUUGGUGUCUUUCAAAUUAUAUCUUGACCUUGACAUUUGAAUAUCCAGCCAAUAUUAGAUUUCUUAAUGGUGUGAUGUCCCAUUUUCAAUAACUUAUUGGUGCUGAAAUUGUUCACUAGCUGUGGUCUGACCUAGUUAAUUUACAAGUACAGAUUGCACAGUUUGAUGGUAAGUAGAUUAGGCAGAAUGUCAUCUAAAAUAUCUUUAGAAAAUAAUGUUGAUGUAUUUUCCAUACCUCAUCAGUUUCACUCAACCAAUAAAGUUUUUAAAAUUGUAACAAAGCUCUUAGGAUUUACACAUUUAUAUUUAAACAUUGAUACAUGAAUAUUGACUGACUGUUGAUAAAGUGAUAAAGUUAGAGACAACUUUUCCUGAGAUCUCACCAUUGAAAUCUGUGUACCCCCUUGUCUUUCCUAAAAGCUGAAAGUGGCUGACUGAAAUGCAGAGCAGCUGGUGAUGUUUUGAAGAUAGUGAUGAACACUGUUCUUUGUAGUGUUGGGCACAGCAUGCUAAACUAUAACUUGUAUUGUUCCAAUAUGUAACACAGAGGGCCAGGUCAUGAAUAAUGACAUUACAAUGGGCUGUUGCACUGUUAAUAUUUUUCCUUUGGAAUGUGAAGGUCUGAAUGAGGGUUUUGAUUUUGAAUGUUUCAGUGUUUUUGAGAAGCCUUGCUUACAUUUUAUGGUGUAGUCAUUGGAAAUGGAAAAAUGGCAUUAUAUAUAUAUUAUAUAUAUAAAUAUAUAUAUUAUACAUACUCUCCUUACUUUAUUUCAGUUACCAUCCCCAUAGAAUUUGACAAGAAUUGCUAUGACUGAAAGGGUUUUGAGUCCUAAUUAAAACUUUAUUUAUGACAGUAUUCACGACUAGCCUGAAAUGCAUUCUGUAGGUAAUCUCUCCCGUGUUUCUGGAAUGCUUUCUUAGACUUUUGGAUGUGCAGCAGCUUACGUGUCUGAAAUGACUUGAAGGCAUCACCUUUAAGAAGGCUUACAGUUGGGCCCCGUACAUCCCAAGUCCUCUGUAAUUCCUCUUGGACAUUUUUGCCAUAAUUGUAAAAGGGUAGUUGAAUUAAAUAGCGUCACCAUUUUUUGCUGUGGCACAGGUUAUAAACUUAAGUGGAGUUUACCGGCAGCAUCAAAUGUUUCAGCUUUAAAAAUAAAAGUAGGUUACAAGUUACAUGUUUAGUUUUAGAAAAUUUGUGCAAUAUGUUCAUAACGAUGGCUGUGGUUGCCACAAAGUGCCUCGUUUACCUUUAAAUACUGUUAAUGUGUCAUGCAUGCAGACGGAAGGGGUGGAUCUGUGCACUAAACUGGGGGCUUUUACUCUAGUAUUCGGCAGAGUUGCCUUCUACCUGCCAGUUCAAAAGUUGGAUCUGUUUUCAUAUAGAAUAUAUAUACUAAAAAAAUGCAGUCUGUAAAACAGCCUUACCCUGAUUCAGCCUCUUCAGAUACUCUUGUGCUGUGCAGCAGUGGCUCUGUGUGUAAAUGCUAUGCACUGAGGAUACACAAAUAUGACGUGUACAGGAUAAUGCCUCAUACCAAUCAGAUGUCCAUUUGUUACUGUGUUUGUUAACAACCCUUUAUCUCUUAGUGUUAUAAACUCCACUUAAAACUGAUUAAAGUCUCAUUCUUGUCAUUGUGUGGGUGUUUUAUUGAAUGAGAGUAUUUAAAUUCAAAUUGCUCAAAUCCAUUAAAAUGUUCAUUAAUGGGCAGCCACAUAUGAUUACAAAGUUCCUGUACAUUUUUCUAUUUUUUCCCCCUCCUUGCUAUCCUUCCAAGCAAAGCAUCUUUCUGAAAUCUUGGUAGACACAUACCUGUCUACUCAUGGUUAAGAAGAGCACUUUAAGCCUUAGUCAUCACUUAGUUAUUCCAGGCACAGUAAAAAGUUCAAGGUUCUUGGAAAAUGGUGCUUAUUUCUCUUUUUAUAAGCCACAUGUCUGAAGAUAGCCCUAACCCCGAGAACAGGCUUGAUGUCUCAGGUCUGUUCUGUGGCUUUCUGUUUUGUUAACACCGCAGUUGGCCAUCAGCACAUGGGAGGUUUCAUUGGGACUUAUCCAGAGUAGUGGGCUCAAAUAUAAUCUCCUUUCUAAUAUUUUUAAAGGCUAAGGAGUAAGGCAUGUCCUUUCAUUAAAAAAGUAAGAUAACUUGUAAUGAUUUACAAGUAAGUAGACCAUUAAUGUCAAUGUGGAGUUUUAAUGUUACAUAGAGUUGACAGUUUCUCUGUGACCCAUUUAAAAAUAUAAACCGAGUAGCAUGCAAUUGUGUAAAGAAAUAUGAAGAUUGUAUGUAGUCACACAUUUUUUUUUUUGUAGAAUUCUUAGUUUGGUGAAAACUUGAAUAUAAAGGUAUUUUGAUUUAUAUGAUAUUUUGAUGAUAUUUGAAAAAAGGAAUUUCCUGACAUUUUGCUUUUAGAUCAUGUUCCCCAUUGUGCUGUAUAAUUUAAGCUGACUUGGUUCAGUGAAUGCCAUCACCAUUUCCAUUGAGAAUUUAAAACUCACCAGUGUUUAACAUGCAGGCUUCUGAAGGGCUCCCGGAGAAUCAGACCUGUAAGCCCAGUUGAUUUACUUCUAACAUGAAACUUCGAGUUCCUGUAUACUUUGCUAGAUAAUUUGUGGUACAUCUAAAGCAAAGUCUUAAGUGGCUUGUGUGUGGAUUUUAUUUAACAUUGCUGUUGCUAGGGCAGAGAGAAAUGUUGCUGAGUAGAAACGAGUACCCAGUCCAAUCUGGUGCAGAGAGCAGUCCCUAAAAUCUGUACCACUUUAGGAGUCAAGAGGCUGAUUUUUCCUAUGGAAUUACAUUGCAACAGGAAACCUUCUAGUAUAGUUCCUUUUACUGUUAAAAUACGUUUUUAUGCAUACGCUAUAGCUGCUUUCCCAUCUUCCAACAACAGGUAUCAGGAUGUAAGUAAGCUUUAAACAGUGUGAAGAUGGCAGGAUAGUGUCAUCAGUAACAGUCCUCUGGCUCUUAAUUUAGUUGCUCUGUGACACUUUGUGAAUAUAACAUCAUAAUUCUCAUGUCCUUGGGGCACAUACCCCGUAUUAGUAUGUUUUAGUGACUAAGCAAUCAUUUUUCUGUUUACUCAUGUACAUUUUCUCUUUAAAACUAAAACCUGUACUGUGUAUGUCUCCAAAGCCUUUUAGCUUAGUUUUUAGGAAAUGAACACUGACCGGAUCACUUUUUAGUGUAGCAGGUAUGGGAUAUGUGCAUUAUAGAGAGACCUUGUCAGUUCUCUGGGCCUAUUUGAAUGUUUAUUGUUGGUGUGAGGAUGGUAGGGGAAUCAGUAAAUACAAGUGAGUUUGGUUCAGCAGAGCAAGCUCAGUGUGGGUAUUUCUCUUUGAAGCAUGGUGCGUGAAGCAUUGUGAUUAGAGAAUUUGGUCACCCUUUGAGUCCUCUUGCAUUUUGCAAACUGUCGCUCUCAGCAAAUGCGUACCUACCUUGCCCCCUAAGUAAAAGCAAGAAGUACUACUGAUUUAUCACUCAGCUGUAUUUAUAUGUGUGCUUCUAUGACUUGUAUCACACAAGAAUCUUAAAGAGUUCACAAAUUGUUACCUUUUAGCUCUGAAUGUUUAGUAUUUUGGUGGGCUAACACGACAAACUCUGACAGUCAUUUGAGAAUUUUCAUGAAACAUUAGCUGAAAACAUUUUAUAGUUUAUGGGAAAAAAUGUGUUACCUUAAACUUUUACAUAUGUGGGAGACAUUAACUGCCAUAUUUGAGCAUAUUGAAUUUUAAAUUUAAAAUAAAGCUGCAUAUUUUUAAAUGAAAUGUUUAACAAGGAUUCAUAUUUUUUGUUUUUUAAGAUUAAAAAUAAUUUAUGUCUUAUGUGGAACCUCAUAUGUCACAAUGGUUAGAUUAUACAGAAUGGAGCAAGGCUUGUAGUGGUUCAGCUUACAGUAAAAUUCUUAAUGUUUAGAUGUGUUUACUUCCUGGCUGUCAUGUAUACUUUUGAGAUUUUUCCACCUGUUCUGUGCAGUUUUCUAAAUGAUACUCCUACUUAAAAAACAGCAUUUUAAUAUCUAUUUUCUGUCUCCAUUAAAUGGUCCUCAUUUUCUAUUGAGUCUGCAAGUGUGCACAUUGUGUGUGUGUGUGUAUGUGUACUUGUGGAGUGUGUAUGGGAGAAUUAGUUUUGAAAGUGCUAGAAUAGAGAUGAAAUUUGGUUCAAGUAAAAUUUUCCCACUGGGAUUUUACAGUUUAUUGUAAUAAAAUGUUAAUUUUGGAUGAUC